CCUUCUUAUCAACCAUUCUUCACUCAAAGCAAGUUAUAAAAAACCAAAAAGAGAUACUUUGAGUUUGACAAUCAAAAAAAUAAAUCGAGAUAAAGACAAACCUUAUUCACCACUAAAUUACCUAAAACCAUGCAUGAGAAAGAUGAUUCAAUGGGCUUAAUUUCCCAACUCUACUCUGGAUUAUACACCCAAAUGGCUCCUCAACAAGGAGAAAAGCCAAAAAGACGUAGGAGGAGAAAGAAUAAGAGUGAAGGAAGCAAUUUAGCAAAGAAGAGAAAGCUUAGUGAAGAGCAAGUGAAUAUGUUGGAGAUGAGCUUUGGUUGUGAACACAAACUAGAGUCGGAACGUAAAGACCGCCUUGCUUCGGAACUAGGGUUACAUCCGAGGCAAGUUGCGGUCUGGUUCCAAAAUCGAAGGGCUCGAUGGAAGAACAAGCAGAUUGAACAAGAAUACUCUAAGUUGAGAAAUGAAAAAGAAAAUCUUGUUGUGGAUAAGUGCCGUCUUGAAACUGAGGUACUAAGUCUAAAAGAUCAACUUAAUGAAGCAAAAAAGGAAAUAGAGAAACUAGCUAAUGAGAGAUCAUCAGCAAUAUCAUCAACAGCAGAUAAUAUUUCAAGCAACAGUCCAAGUUCUUCACUAACAACAAUGGAUUAUCAUCCUAAUUUGAUAAAUCCUCAAAUUUUGGUAGAAGAACAAUUUGGAAUGGAAGGAUGUUUUUAUGAUAGCUUGUUUUACGUGCCUGAAACUAAUUAUGUGCCUAAUGUAGAUUGGGUCGAUCUUUAUAUGUGAAUUAAUUAAUUAAUUAUUAAGUUUAACCUUGUUUAAUUAAUAAGUUACUUUAAUUAGAGGCAGAGUUAAUGUAGGAUGUAGAUAUAUAAGUUAAUCUCAUCUAUAAUUAUUUGUAAAUCAUAUUAAUUAUUGUCACUAAUUUAACUUAACUUUUGUUCGCCUCAUUAUGUAAAAAAGUUAAUCAUGACUUAUAUAUUAAGU